AUGUUCAAGCAGGGGUCUUUGUCAAGAGGCGAGCGUCUUGACUAUAUCGAUGCCGUUCAUUGCAUGCGACAGAAACUGCCCAUUCUGCCAAUAGAAGAAUACCCAGGUGUUCGGCAUCGGAUGGAUGAUUUUGCAGCUACCCAUAUCAACUAUACCCUAAAUAUUCACAUCAGUGGGAUCUUUUUUGCCUGGCAUCGCCAAUUUGUCUGGUUGUGGGAGAAGGCGCUUCGAGAAGAAUGUGGUUACAAUGGCUACCAACCAUACUGGAACUGGGCACUGUCUGCAAGCGACUUACCCGCAAGCCCGCUCUUUGACGGGAGUGAAACAUCCCUCUCUGGCGACGGAGAUCCUCCCGAUAACCUCGAACCGAUAAUCCCUUUGCUGCCCAGCAACGUGAGCAUUCCCAAUGGAAGGGGAGGCGGAUGCGUGACAAAUGGUCCAUUUGCGAACAUGACCCUCAACCUACCUGACUUGGACGCCGCACCAGGCGACGUGUUUCCUGAUAAUGCCUUUGCCUACACCCCACGUUGCCUGACGCGCAACCUGAACUCAUUCAUGUCGCAGUCCUUCACGAGCCAAAAAGAUGUUGAUCGUCUGCUAUCCUCCCCAAACAUCACCACCCUGCAACGCAACAUUGAUGUGAGUGUUUGGCCGGCACUCAGUAAGGCAGGCAUUAUGGGACCUCAUGCGGCCGCACAUAUGCAGCUAGGUCGGGCGAUGGAUGAUUUUUGGACAGCGCCACAGGAACCAACCUUCAUGUUACAUCACGCGAUGGUCGACCGUAUCUGGACCCUCUGGCAGGAACAAGAUCUGAAAAAUCGCCAGUAUGCGUUGAACGGGACUAGUACUAUCAUGAAUGCUCCUACCACGCCCGAGGUUGACUUGAAUACUGAGCUGGCAUGGGGCCCGCUGAGCGUAACCAAGAGGCUGCGGGAACUGAUGAGUACCAAGGCGUAUGAUUUCUGCUACGUGUACGGAGAUUGA